AUGGUGGAGCAAAGCACUAGACAGACUGGUAAGCUUCAGCGUGUUAGAACCUCAGAGUCUACUGCAAUUUGCGGCGACAAGAAGACUCAAAAUGUGGUGGAGGUUAUCACGACUGUUGACGGUGUGAUAUCAAGUGGAUCAGUUCCGAAGAGGCAACAGUCACUUUCCGAACGCAAAGCAACUCCGGUCGCGACUGUUGAUCGCGCACAUGCAUGCAGCUGCAAUGACGAAGAGAAUGCCUUUUUACCUCCACAAGUACUUGAAAGAGCCAGCGCGGGCGUACCAGCAGCAGGGAGACCCCCCAACACUCCCGCCAAAACAUUCUCCGAUCACGCCUCGAAGUAUACAGGUGGUUGGAUAACGGAGAAACGGAAUUUGAUAAAACAGCUGGAAACGUACAAAAUAUACCUAGAAAAUGCGCAAACACAUAUCACACAUCUGGAAAGUAAAAACGACCGGGUAGAAACGGAACGCGAGCAGAUGGAAUCGGACCUCAGAAGGUUACAAAAGCAUGUAUUCCAACGGUUUGAGUCUCCAGAAUGGACGCCAGCAUCCAACGCUGAUAUACGUCGAAAACUAAGUCAGCUAGACUCUGAGGUCAAGGCCUGGUCCAAGGUCAAUAGCAUCUUGCACUUGAACGUACUGAAUCCUAAGGAGCAUCCAAUUCUUUACAAGAAGUUGAGAAGCGCCUUACAAGGUUUCGCAAAGCUGGGCGAUGAGGUGGACCUUAUGGGCGUUCCAGAUGACAAGGCGUGGGUCCUAGUGCAGGCUUUCAUCAUGCACAAUCUCUACUUUGAUGUGUUUGACCAUCCUUUCUUCGGGGUCAGUAUUGAACAAACAAGUAAGAUCGAGGUGAAAGAGAUCAACGAGGAAGCAGAAGAGCUUUCGCCAAAGAAGUUGGAUGUUAUGAACUGGAAAUUUGGCCUCCACAUGCAGUCGUUCUAUUAUAAGCUAAGGACCUGUAAUGUGCAAGAAGCCAUCGCCUGGAGGGUGCAAACUCUUCGACAGCUACAUCCUUCUGCGCAAGACGGUGACCCUCACCUGGAAGCGAAACACAACAUGUGCAGAGAGACGCUCAAAAAUCGAGAAAAAGCGGUACAGUCUCUCGCUUCGAGUUACUUCGGUUCUGGCAUACGCGCACUCCUCAAGCAUCCUAAUCAAGAGGGAGUCAAAGAUAGCCUACGGUCAAUCAUGAUGAGAGCAGCGGACCUAUCGUAUUCCUUGUGGACGCAGAAGAUUGAUCUACUACCGAACAGCCUCAAACACCUAGAUGAGGUGUUCACACACAACCAUCCCCUUAUGGACGCGCAUCAGCUGCACAGCAAACAUGUGGACGAAAAUCCGGCUCAUUUGGAUGGCAUGCCGAUCCUCUUGAUCACGCAUCCAACGCUAGUCCGACUUGGAGAUGAUGAAGGAACCGAUUUCGGCAGGAAGACUGUGUUGAAGAAGGCUGUUUGUUGGAUGGGUCAGCUACCCGAUGGCGCUGGAGAAUCGUACGAUGAACCUGCCAUUUCGACUAGCUUUCCGACAUGA